UGUCUUUUUGCAAAACCCCAUGUGAGCUGCACUCCAAUAAUUUAAGUCCACAGUUUCCCCUCUUUUUCAUUUCUGUUCUUGCUAGUUCUCUGUUUUUUUCUUUCGUUCCCAAAAUUGAAUUUUGAACUUUCCAAGGCUUGUUUAAGCCAAGUUUUCUUGGGUUUUCAUUGUUAUUAUCCAAAUUGUGGUCCUGGGUUGAUGCUCAAUUUUGUUCUUCUUGGGGAUUUUUACAAGGUAAGGCUUGCAACAAUUUCUGUAUUUCAACGACAAUGGUCGGAUUCCAAAGAAAAAUCCCAUUUGCUAGCCUUAAAAACAUGAUAUACAGGAAUAUUCAGCUUCUGAUGUGAGAUAGCAAAGAGGGAUUUUCUCUCUUUUUCUCCUCCUUCUUCCUUUGUCUCCUAGGAGUAGGUGAUUCAAGGAUUAUUGGGUUCGAGCAGCAUUGACUCCGAGAUUGAUUGUUUUGGGAUGUAAAUGUGAAUUUCUAGGAAAAGAUGACGACUUUGAGUGGAUUAGGUAUUGGGUUGGGAGUAGCUUUUGGUUGCCUCUUUUUAGCUCUGAUUGCAGAGCUGUACUAUCUGCUUUGGUGGAAGAGGAUACUCACCAACACAGAGGUUGAAGAUGAUGAUUACAGCAACAAGUUCUGUCAAUUUAUCUGCUCCAAGAGACCAUUUUAUUUGCAGAAAAACAACAAUCAGGAAAUUGGAGGGGACCCAGUUGGGAACGGCCAUGGACAAGACGUAGAGCUUGGUUUAGAGCAGGGUUUGAAGGAAUUAAAAGUUGAAGGGGAAGAAAGUGUGGAAGCAGAGCUUAUGAGAUUGCACAAUUUGGCCGGACCACCAAGAUUUCUAUUCACCAUUAAAGAGGAAACCAAGGAGGAUUUGGAGUCUGAGGAUGGGAAAUCUAGGGGAGAUAGGAAGAGUUCAAGAACAAGAAGCUUGAGUGAUCUUAUAUUGACUGUUGAUACUCCUUUGGCUUCUCCACCUCUGAAGGCUCCAUUAGAUUGUUAUUCUCACCAUGGAUUCAUUCCUCUCUUUGAAUCAACAACUGAGGCUGAGCUUAACAGGUUGCGAUCUUCUCCUCCUCCAAAAUUCAAGUUUAUGAGGGAUGCAGAGGAGAAACUGCAGAAGAAGUUGAUGGAAGAAGCUGAGAGAAACAAUUCUCAAAAUGUCCUUUCUGCUCAAGAUUCAACAAGGGUGACAGAUGGGAUUCAUGGGUCAUUUGUGAAUUUCCUUGUUAGUAGUAGUAACAAAGAGAAAGAGCUUCAUAAUCAUCUACCUCAGUAUCCUCCAAGUACUGCUCAAGUACUCCCGCUGGCUUCUUCACCUACAGCAUUCAGACCACUAGACAAGAAGUCCAAUCUACAGUAGCAGAUUUCUUAGAAUUCAUAUGAUUCGGGUUAUCUGCUAAUUCUUUCAAUUGAUCUUUAUUUCAAAGAUAAAUUACAUUGUGUACUGUUUGAAAAACAAUGCUAAUUUCAUGCUCUGCUUUUCUCCU